CUCUGGCGUUCUUUCAUUAUCAGCUCAGGCGGUGUGCUCACAAAUGCUUUGGAUUUCUCUUCUUUAAGCAAAGUUUCUGAUGGGUAUACCGCGGGUCAAAUCCACACUGUUGUCAAGACUGUGCUGACGGAAAAGCGCAUUGCCCGCCUUAGUCGAAAACCUCUAAAAGCGCUCGAGUUCGUCACCCCUUUGGCAAAGAUAGAUCCUGUUUUCACGGAAGAGGAAGAGGCCUUUAAGCAAUGGUAUACGAGAACACCAUUAGGAAGGAAACGUGAACUUGCCGCUCAACGGGAGGCAGAAGAAGCUGCUGGUGGAGGCAACACUAAGAACAAAAAGGGCGCCCCGGGAAAGAAGAAAAAGUGA